CUUGAAAGCUGUCCUGAUGGGGAAGCCUCAGGACAACACAGUGGACCUGUCGGGCAUCCCGCUGACGCUGAAGGACUUGGACCGCGUCACGUCCUACCUCCAGCACAGCUCGGAGCACAUCGACACGGUGGAGCUGUGCUUCACGGAGCUGACGGACGACAUGCUGCUGCAGCUGCUGCCGGCGCUCUGCGUGCUGCCCCACCUCACCACCCUCUCUCUCAACGGCAACCGGCUCACCAAAGCCAUCCUGCGGGACCUCACCGAAACCCUGAAGGACCCCAAGAAGUUCCCCAGUGUCACCUGGAUUGACCUUGGCAACAACGUGGACAUAUUCUCCUUGCCGCAACCCUUCUUGGUCAGCCUAAAGAGACGAUGCCCAAAGCAAGGCAACUUGCCAACCAUUCUGGAGUUUGGUGAGGGUCAGGUGAGCGAUUUGGAGAGCCAAGAUGGCCUGGCCGACAGCCAGGAGGACCUGCGAGUUGGACCGGACAACACAGGCUUGCAGAAGACAGACAGGACAGUUGAGGCUGGGGAACUCUUCCACUCAGAGCAAGAUGCUGCGACACCACAGACAUGA